AACAGAUUUUCCAUCCAAAUUUUAGUCUUCUUCUUUUCAUUUCAUCUAAUUAACAUUUCAAUUAAACAUGUCUCAUAAAGUUGAAAGAUUCAUCAAAUUAUCAUCUGGCUACAAAAUCCCAACUGUGGCAUUAGGAACAUGGAUGUUAUCAGGGUCAGAAGCUAGCAAUGUGGUUUACAAUGCCUUGAAAGUUGGUUACAGACAUUUUGAUAGUGCAAUAUUGUAUGGGAAUGAAAAAGAAGUUGGUGAAGCAAUUGCCAAAUGGAUUAAAGAAGACCCAUCCAAUAACAAGAGAGAAGACGUUUUCUAUACUUCAAAGCUAUGGACUUUCAAUUCAUAUGCUCAGACAAAACAAGAAAUAGCAAGAGCAAUUGGAGCAGUGGAGCACUCAAUUGGAUACAUUGACCUUUUAUUAUUACACCAUCCUAAUCCAGGUCCUAAAGGAAGAUUAGAAGCUUGGAAGGCAAUGCAGGAAACUGUUGGUGAUAAGGUUAGAUCUAUCGGUGUUUCGAGCUGGGGUAAACAUCAUAUUGAUCAAUUGCUUGCUUGGGAUGGAUUGAAAAUUAAACCAGCCGUGAAUCAAAUAGAGAUUCAUCCUUGGCUAAUGAGACAAGAAUUGGCUGAUUACUCUAGAUCGAAAGGAAUCGCUGUUGAAGCAUAUUCACCAUUGGCACAUGGUGGUAAAAUCAAUGAUCCAACCAUUGCUAAGAUUGCAAAGGCACAUGGUGUUACUCCAGGUCAAGUGUUUAUCCGUUGGAGUUUACAACAUGGUAAUAUUCCAUUACCAAAGACAAAGAAUGUUGACCGUUUGCCUACUAAUUUAGAUGUCUACAACUUUGAAUUGAGCCCAGAGGAGAUCAAAGCAAUUGACCACCCAGAUGCUUAUGAACCAACUGACUGGGAAUGUACAGACCGUGAAUAA